AACCCCACCCGGGGCUCAGGCCGCUCACACCAGCCACCGGACGCCGACCUGUCUGCAGCGCGCUGGCCAUGGACACCCUGGGCAGGCUGCUCCUCCUGGCUGCACUGCUGCUGGCACCCGCCGAGGCCCAACAGGCCUCAGAGCGCCGCCUGAAGCCCUGGCUGGUGGGCCUGGCCGCUGUAGUGGGCUUCCUGUUCAUAGUCUUCGUCCUCAUGCUGGCCAACCGUGUCUGGUGUUCCAAACCCAGACCAAACGAUGAAGAGGUCACAGUCAGAAUGGAGGCCAGUGUGAAGGAGCACACGGAGCCAAGUAAAACAGAGAAGAAGAAGAAGAAUCAGAAAAAGCAGGUGGACAGGAAGAGUGGUCGCAGCAACGAGGGCUUGGAACUGGAGGAGAAGGGUUCCUCAGAUGACGAGAGAGACAAGAAAACAGCCCUGUGAAACUCCUGCGUGGGGGUGGGGUCGGGUGGCGGCUCCUUUGACACCAAGGAGCAGCUGUCAUGGAAAUCGAGACUGGUGACACCUGGAUCUCAAAACUGUCUCCAAAUGAGGCCAGCUCUGCACGCCAUGUGUGCGUCUACCAUCCACCCCUCCCCCAUCCGUGCAGUCACCGUCAGCCGGUGUCCUCUCCCAGCCCUCUGCUAGCCCCAGCCUGUGGUACCUCCACCCAGCUCCCUCCAGGCAGGGUCCUGGCGUCACCCGUCUGAGCGUUUGCUUUUCCCCAGUGGCCCUGAGCCCGAGCCGGAGCCCCUGUGCAGCUCCUGGAAGGCCUCUAACCCUCUAGUGGAAUUGUUUCUAGGAGGAGAGACGCCCUGUGCUUUUCAGCCAGGGUCUCUCUUCUCUGGACUCUGGCCCCCAUGGUCACCUGGCUCAUUGUGUGACCAGGGGAGGCUGUUUUCAGGGGACACUUCCAGCAAAGGCCACCAGGAGGAACCUUCCAGCACUCUCACUUAAUAAAUACCCUGAAUGCU